AAUUCCUUGAGGCACGGCAGCAAAAAGGGACCAACACAGCUUUUGUCUUUUACAUCCAUGACGAUCUCCAACGGCAAAUGGCUGACUUAACAACACCCAACAAUCCUGGCAAGAUACCGCCAUGUCCUCAAACGACGCUUUCUUACUUCUGAGUCUUCCCAAUUGCACGAUCAGGACACCUACCGCUACUCAAACUGGGAUCCUCGCCUUGGAAUGCGUCACGCUUCCUCCAUCAGCUCAAGCUACGUUCGGCCGCGACGUUUUCCUUGUUUUCAAAAUUAACGAGCUGGAAAUUCCCAUCGACCCUGCUCGAACGGUCUCACCGAACAUUAGCACCUCCAACGAGAGGGAAUAUGUUUUCCAUGGCACAGACACGGACCCGUUGGUAUUUACGCUGACCUUCAAUGAAUCCUUGUAUUCAGCAGGUCCAUUGACGGAAGAUAUGGAGACAUUCGAAAGCGUACUAUCUCAAUACGCCAACUUUAUCCAGCGCUCGGAAACUCCGGUCACUCCACCAAAUGCUCAGCAGUCGACGAGUGUAAAGGAUCAAGGUCAAGAUUUUCGAGGACGUCUUCUUUUGAGAGAUGAAGGCACUGGAGAGAUCGUUGGAGAGUUUGAUAGAAAGAUAGUAGUGCGAGAGGAUCCUACUUUACAUCAGAAAGGGCACGAGAGCGAUCCAGUAGUGAUCGAGAUACCCGAAGAUGCAACGUCUCUGGGUCACCAAACGGCUAUCGAAGUGUUUGCGCGAAAUGUGCCUCCAGAUCAACAUGAUUGGAUGACAAAGUCUGCUACGCUGGUCAGUGACGCUAUAUCCGGGACAACGAAUCUCCUCGUGCGAGUGAUAUCUUCAGCUUCAUCUUAUUACAUAUCCCAUUCCACCCCUUCAGCUUCCGCGCACUCUAGUACGAACUCCUUACCGAGGACAGGUACACUUGCAACACCUAGCCCAACACCACCUCCACCUCCAUCCAGAGCAGCAGUCUUUCUUAGUUCAGAGCGAACUCGGAAGGGUCUCACGAAAGUGCAUGCAGUCAGCGCUACAGCUGUCAAUGUCAGUUCCAAAACGACAGCUUUCAUCGACGACAUGAUCGGUCGCAUAGUAGGUGGUAAAAAGGACCCACAACCCCCACGCCAAGGUGCACCGCCUCCUUCAACGAACCUUGCUCCUCCGCCUUAUUCCAGCACGCCGAAUCUCGGCUUAGAUGGUAAACCUCCUCUUCCGCCUCGCGGUAGUCGGCCCUCGUCUCCUUUACCCGCUUCGCCGGGAGGGCAGACUCAAGGACCUGCUCUUCCUCCAAGGGAGCUGGGAACCAAAGCUCGAAUUGUGCUUUCAGCCGAUCUUAUUUUCUCGACGAUUGAAGAGUCGACAAAGAAGAUUAUUACCAUUGGUGCCGAACGUGCGGAUGCCAUGAUACGCCACAAGUUCGGACAUGAAGUUGCACAGAGUUCCGCUGCUGUUACCGGAACUGCUCGUAAUAUCGGUCUUGUGUACAUUGAUUUGCAAGGGAUAGGCAGGAAAGCUAUAGUGAAGAGGGUUGCAAAGGCUUAUGUGAAGGGCAGGUCUAGCAGGAAGUAAGAUGCUUCUAUUGCUUUUAAAUAACAAUCGGAAGAUGGACAUGGACAUCGCAGCAUGUAUACACGAAGCUAUACUAGUAAAUGACCAAGGAUACAAAUUAUUCAAAAUCAAUCCAUGAAAUUC